CCCAAUUUGCAGAAAAUUAAAUUACGAUGUCAUCUGUGAUCAACCAGCUAUCGUGUUUCUCUUCGAUAGCCAACAAUCGGCGAUUGGAAUUUCAAUUCAUCUCAAGUAUCCGUACUGUAACAGUUAGUUUUGGUCCCCGGAACCUGAAGGUUCUAAAUGUCGCAAGCAACGACGGCCAUAGCACACAAGUAUCAAGUUUGGACAACAAAACCUCCCCAGAUUAUGUAGAAGAUGCAUCAAACUUACACAAAGGAAGCUCCAUAAAGUCCAAUUCUCCAACAGAAAGUUUUGCUGCUGGAGGAUCAAACGGACAUCUUCAGGAGUCUGUUGUCACUGAACCAAAAAGGGCAGCAAAGAUUCAUGACUUCUGUUUCGGCAUACCCUUUGGUGGGCUUGUUCUUAGUGGUGGCCUACUUGGCUUCAUUUUCACAAGAAAUCCUGCGACAUUAGGCGCCGGCGUGCUCUUCGGAGGUGCUUUGUUGGCUCUUAGUACUUACAGUUUGAAGGUAUGGCGUAAAGGAAAAUCGAGCUUGCCGUUCAUACUAGGUCAAGCAGUUCUCUCUGUGGCUCUCUUAUGGAAGAACCUUCAGGCCUAUUCAAUGACGAAAAACCUCAUUCCAACAGGCUUCAACAUCGUCAUAAGUGCUGCAAUGCUCUGCUUCUAUUCGUAUGUCGUGCUAUCUGGAGGCAAUCCACCACCAAAGAAGUUGAAGCCAUCUGCUUCUGUCGAGAAAUCUUCAUAAAAGAAUCAAUUGGUAAUGUAAUAUCAAGAAUUGAAAUUUUGAAGCUUUCGUAUUUUUCAUGUGAAUCUCAAUGAGAAAUAUGUCUUGUCUAGA